AUGUCGAGGAUGGUCGUUCAGCAGCCUCAGCCUGUUAUGAUCGCCACAACCUCUAAUCAGUGGAGUUCUGGAAUCUGUGACUGCUGUGAUAACGUCCCUGAGUGUUGCUUUUCAUUCUGGUGUUUCCCUUGCUUUGCCUGCAUGACCGCGAAGAAACACGGCGAGUGUUUGUGCUUACCUCUGCUUGAUGGCUAUGGGUUCAUUCCACCAAUCACGUUGGCGAUGAGGGUUUCCACUCGCAAGCGCUACGGCAUCGAGGGCUCCAUUUGCAAUGACUGUGUGUAUGCUUUCUUCUGUGGACCCUGCUCAUGGUGCCAGAUAUCCCGUGAGAUGAACGAACGAGACCUGCCAAUCACCCUCGUCAACCAGCGAGCAAAAUAA